UUUGGUCCACUGGUGGAUAAAGUUACCAUAAGUACCAUCAUGCGUGGCCUCAAAUAGCUGCUCACCUUCACCAAGUCUACGUACAGCUACCUUCCAAUAUGGAUUCCAAUAUUAUAGCUGCUACCGGAGAAAAAGUGUCACAACAAUAUCCAUUCCCUUCUCAAGUGAAUGCCGCCAGCUUUCUGUCUAUAAAGUUGUCCGGUAAGCCCAAUUACGUACGAUGGCGGGAGCAGAUUAUAUGCCUUCUGGACUGCUACGAUAUGCUCGGUUUUAUCGAUGGCACGUUAGAGAAACCUGAGGAGAACAUGUAUAGGGAAUGGAAAAGGUCGGACACGCUAGUGAAAGGAUGGAUUUAUGGUUCUUUAAGCGAAGAUGUGAUGGAAACUGUUGUCGGUCUUCAAACAGCUUAUGAAGUUUGGAAUGAGCUAAAGACAAAUUACACUACUCCCCCUGCUCCGCCACCCGUUGCUGUCAACACCAUGAAAGAAGAUUUUGGAGAGUACGUCCCACUAUGUAGAGCUAUUCAAAUGGGGGAUUGGGAGAAAGCUCAAGAAUUUUUCAACAAUGACGAAGACGCAUUGAUUGGUAAAAUCAACGAUUACGGAUUCACAGCACUUCAUGUUGCAAUUGGUGAUCCUAAAAAUAUUUGGAUACUUGAGAAACUCCUGGAGCAGAUAAACCCAGAGUCACUUCCAACUAUGGUCGAUAAUACACAGCGAAACGCUUUGCACUAUGCUGCAACACUUGACAACUACUUAGCGGCAAAGACGCUGGUCGAGAAAAACCCAGAUUUGUUAUUCCGUGUCGACAACCGGAACAACUUGCCAAUCCAAAACGCUAUAUAUAAUUCGCACAAAACAACUUUUCUUUAUUUGUUUCAAGUUUGCAAACAACAUAUUGGGCUCAGCAAAAAGGAUGGAAAUCACGAUCCCUUUGAGGGCGAAAAGGGUGUUUAUCUUCUCAAUAAUACAAUCUUGGCAGGGUUUUUAGAUAUUGCAUAUAAUUUACUCAAGGACUACCCUAACCUAGCUACCACAGUUCAUACUCGAAAGCCUCCAUUAUGGUGUAUUGCAAAAAUGUGGGAUGCAUUUCCAAGUGGCACACGUUACAACUUCUAUCAAAGAUUUGUUUAUUCUCAUGUGCCAACGGAUAAUUACAAUGUGGACCAUACACAUGAGAAUGAAGAUUUAGAGAACCAAGUGACAUAUGCGACCAAUCUUCUCAAAGAUUGCACCAAGAGCUACGUCUACCCAGAACUGAAUUUAGUUUUUUGUGUAGUCGUUCACAUGAUUUAUGUUAAAAUUUGGAAGGCUGCAUUGCUACGCGUGCCACAUAUUAAGCGCCUAAAGGAAGACAAAGUGAAACACAAUAUAGCUCUCAUGAUACUCAAGUUUAUAUGUGAGGAAGUCAGUAAAUUAAAAUCCAAUCAUUCUUAUUAUUACCACGAUGCAUUUAUUGUGGCGGUGAAUAAUAACACUAUAGAGGUGAUUGAGCAGAUUACACAAAGUUUUCCAGAAUCAAUUUGGACCAGGGGAAAUGGUUAUUUACUUUCUGAACUUUCAAUAAUUAACCGAUGUGAAAAAGUUUUCAACUUUUUAGCGUACAAAGUGACUCAGGAUAAGUAUUUACAUACUAUAAGUGAAGACGAAAAUAACAAUAACCUUUUGCACUUGGCUGGAAUAUUGGCUCCUAAACACAAACUCAACAUGGUUAGUGGUGCAGCAUUACAAUUGCAAAGAGAGUUACAGUGGUUUGAGGAAGUUGGCAAAUUUGUGAAACCGAAGGACAAGGAAGCUCUGAACAAUAAACAAGAAACACCAAUUAUGGUAUUCAGACAGGAACACAAUGAUUUGAGACAAAAAGGCGAAGACUGGAUGAAAAAGACAUCCGAAUCUUACACAAUCACAGCUACACUUAUUAUCACAAUAGUUUUUGCUGCAGCCAUUACUGUACCUGGCGGAGUCAAAGGGGAUACUGGAAAACCAACUUUUCAAACCAGGCCAAGCUUCAUCGUAUUCGCUGUCUCUGAUGCAAUCUCAUUGUUCACAUCCACAACCUCCUUGUUGUUGUUUCUAUCUAUUCUCACAGCACGUUAUGCAGAAGAGGAUUUUCUUUACAAGUUACCUAACAGACUAAUACUCGGCCUUGUGAUGUUAUUCAUGUCAUUAACAUCCAUGAUGAUUGCCUUUAGUGCAACAUUAUAUAUUAUGUUUGUGCAAGAAAAGUCAUGGAUCUUGAUCCCAGUUGUUGCGUUAACAUGUCUACCAAUUGCUUCAUUUGUGACAUUACAGUUACCAUUGCUUGUUGAUCUCAUGGUUUCAACGUAUGGUCGUGGAAUAUUUGGGAAACAAAGUUAUGUUAGGAUAACAUCAUAGGAGAGCAUUAUUUUGUGCAUUUUCAAGUAUAUGUUUUACAAUGAACAAUAGUUAAUGAGAUGUGAUGAUUGAUUUUUCGAUAUUUAAUUCAAAAUGGCAUGAGCUAAUUUGAACCUUGGAAUUACAAUCAUAUACAAUUUAGAAUGCAUCAAUACGAAAAAGAAUGGUUCUAACUACCGGUGGUUAUUUUAUUAUAUUCAUAUAUUUAGAAUGCAUGUACAAUUGUAGAUUCCCUGUUUCACUCUAAAGCGGUAAAAUAGGUGACGAGUAAUAUAAAACGUUGUUGAAUCAGACCACUCGCAUAAUAGAAAUCACAAAUAGAGAGAAUAAUGAUUAGGAAAAGUUACCUUAUUCAUUAGACUGAAAGGCUUUAAAUAGUCAAUUACAAAGCAAUGCGAACAAAAAAAAAGGAAUAAACUAAAACAAAUUGUAGUAGAUAAGUGUGCUUAACUUAAUAUUUGGAUGAUCCAACUACCUUCAAAUCAAAGAAUAACAAUGGCUAAUAAUAACAAGGACAUGUCCAUAUGAAUUACUUUUGAUAUCUUCCCUUAGUUCUGUUGGGAUUCAGUGGUGUCAAUUUUACUUUUUAUCAAAACGGGUUUGACAUAUUUUAUUAAUUAAAUAUAUAAUUAAUAAAAACAACGCAGCGGAAUAAAUAUAAAUAGUCAACACCAAAAGUGAACCGAACAGGAACAUGGUUACAAACAUGCAAAUACGAUACAUAAAACAAUUAAUCUACUGAUGAGAUUAAAUAUACCUUAGUGGUUAAAGAUUAACCGUGUGAGGCAUCGAGGUACAACGAACGGGUGCUAGACACAAACACGAACAAAGAGCGAGGCGUCUCGUGGCGGCACCGAAACACAAUGGUGGCGGCACUUCACUGAACCACAAAACAAAAGCUUCUUUUCUUUUGGAGUUCAAUCGCCAAAAGAAAAUAACAUUGGCUGUUGUAUUUUGUAGU